AUGAUCUCCAGCAGCCUUGUAGUCUGGAUCCAGGUCCUGAUUUUGUGCGUCUCUUGCGAUUCCGGACCUCUGGAAGAUGUUGUCAUCGACCGCUAUGAUGUCCCCAAGAUCUGUCCCAGAGAAGUGCAGAUGGGUGACUUUGUCCGCUACCAUUACAAUGGCACCCUGAAAGACGGACUGAAGUUUGAUGCCAGCUACGACAGAGGGAUUGCAGUCGCUGGAUAUGUUGGCAUUGGACGUCUCAUCACUGGUUUGGACAGAGGGAUCCUGGGUAUGUGCGUCAAUGAGAGGAGAAAGCUAAUUGUACCACCACAUCUGGGAUAUGGCAGCAUAGGAGUGCCUGGGAUGAUCCCUGCAGAUGCCACCCUCUACUUUGACAUCAUCCUGGUGGAUGUCUGGAAUAAGAAAGACGACAUUCAAAUCACAAGUUUGGAAAAGCCCAGCAAUUGUAACAGGACUGUGCUGGACUCCGAUUUUGUCAGAUAUCAUUAUAAUGGAACCCUGCUGGAUGGAACCUACUUUGAUUCAAGCUACAGCCGUUCAAGCACAUAUGACACGUAUAUUGGGUCUGGAUGGCUAAUUAAAGGCAUGGAUAAAGGUCUAGUGGGCAUGUGUGCUGGAGAGCUGAGAAAACUCAUCAUCCCUCCAUUUCUAGCCUACGGAGAAAAAGGAUAUGGGACAGUCAUACCUCCGCAUGCCUCUCUGGUCUUUCACGUCCUUCUUAUCGACUUUCACAAUCCAAAAGACGGGAUCACCAUACAGAACCAAAUCAUCCCCCAGCCGUGUAAACGCAAGGCAGUUACAGGAGACUUUGUCCGCUACCAUUAUAAUGGCACCCUGAUGGAUGGAACAUUGUUUGAUUCCAGCUACUCCAGAAACACCACCUACAACACGUACAUCGGAAUGGGCUACAUUAUUUCUGGCAUGGAUGCUGGCCUGCAGGGUGUUUGUGUGGGAGAGUGGAGGAGAAUAGUCAUCCCACCACAUCUGGGGUAUGGAGAGAAUGGAGCAGGAAACAGCAUUCCUGGAUCUUCUGUGUUGAUAUUUGACGUCCAUGUGAUAGAUUUUCACAAUCCCAAGGACUCUGUGGAUAUAGAGGUGACCUAUAAACCAGAGGUGUGCAAUGUUACUUCCCAAAAGGGUGACUUCAUUAGGUAUCACUACAACUGCUCUCUGAUGGAUGGAACUCUGAUCUUCUCCUCGAAUGACUUUGAUACCCCCCAACAGAUCACCCUGGGAGCAAACAAAGUCAUAGAUGGUCUGGAGUUGGGACUGACAGGCAUGUGUGUUGGAGAGAAAAGAUCCGUCACUGUCCCCCCACAUCUGGGCCAUGGAGAAAGUGGAGCUCGCGGAAUUCCCCCCAGCGCUGUAAUGAAGUUUGAUGUAGAGCUGUUCCACAGAGAAGAAGGGGUCCCGGACGGUUACCUAUUCAUCUGGCUUGGAGAAACUCCAGACAACCUCUUUGAAAUAAUGGACUUGGACAAGAAUGGGGAGGUUCCAUUGGAAGAGGUAAGAGGCCAAAGAUCCAUCUUCUUUAUGUAG